GCGAAAGUGUCACGUAUGCGAGGAGCGGAAGUACGAGGAUGCGUUCGUGGAUUUGCAGUGGGAGAAGGCAGGGAACGCCCGAUGUAAAGGAGAAAUGUGCCUCGAGUGCGAGGGGCCGAAGAAGCACCUGAAGUGCGUCGGCGAUGCGACCGCCCAACGGAACAUGGCGGCGACCAAAGACGUGAAGACCUGCGUUGUGUGCGAGGUGGCGCAGCGGCGCGAAUGCUUCUCGCAGUGGAUGUGGGAGGGCGCGGCAGAGAAGCACCGCAAGUGCAAGCGCUGUGUCGACGCUGGGGCUGCACAGCGGGACACAGCUGCGAUGAAGGACGCGAAGACCUGCGCU